GUAUUGAAAAAGGAGAAUAUUCAAUGAAAAUGUAUAAGGUACAGAAAGGUGACAGCCACCUCCAUUAACUCUGCCUAAUUUUGACCCUCACCCAACAAUGAAGGCUGUCAUAUGUUCUGACCGAGGAAGUCCAAGACCAAGGAAUGUCCCAGAAGUACAUUAAUCCCAACCAACACUGAGAUUAGAAGAAGCAAAUGAGUUUACAUCUCGAUACUUUUUUAGUCUCCUGGUUACAGGCUACUUCUGGUUUCCUGGAGACCACCAAACAGUUGCUAGGAACUACCUCAUCCAUUGUUAAGUAAGAGCUAUAGCCAGCAAGUUUGGGGCUAUCUUAGACCAGAGGCUGCCAUCAUUCAUGCAGAUGUACUGCUUAGAGCACGAAAACUCUGCCUGUCCAUUCUUGAUGCUUUUCAUCCUCGAAAAUCCACUCACGGCUUCUUGGAGAAGACUCAGUUUCUUAAAGCAUUUGCAGUAUGCUCGUGCAUCACUAGGAAAAAGGGAGACGUCCCUUUUUGCAACUCAUGGGGUUCUAGAAUUUUGAUAGCGAAGGAUUCUUUUCUACAAGACCGAAAAGAAAGGCGAGAAGCGGUGGGAAACCUUCAUUUCCCUGAUCUUUGGAUUGUGAGAAUGCAUUGCGCCGGAACACCAGAACUUCCUGCUGUCAUCAUCGACAAUGGGUCUGGGCUGUGCAAGGCUGGGAUCUCAGGAGAGGUUGGCCCACGGCACGUCAUGACACCCAUCCUGGGCUACCCGAGAAGCAAAGUAUCAAAAAGCAGGCAGGCAGAAUAUUAUAUCGGCAACGAAGCCCAGGAGAAGCAAGAAUGGUUGUCCUUGAGACACCCCAUCGAGGGCGGCCUGAUUACCUCAUGGGAUGAGAUGGAGAAGAUCUGGAAGCACAUUUAUGACAAAGGCUUGGGAGUCAAAGCCUUUGAAAGGCCCGUGUUGAUGACAGAGUGCCCUUUGAACCCCAAAGAGGAUCGCGCCAAGAUCACUCAGCUGAUGUUUGAGCACUUCAAGGUGCCCGCUUUUUAUCUCUCCAUCCAGGCCAUAUUAUCUCUCUACGCCUCGGCACAUUACAACGGCAUAGUAAUGGACUGCGGUUAUGGAGCGAGCCACGCGGUGCCCGUAUACCAGGGAUACUGUUUGCCCCAUGCUGUGGGCAAGUUGGAGGUUGGUGGCAGAGAUAUCACCGAAUACCUCAGAGAGCUCCUUGCGGAGAGACGUCAACACCUCCGGAACAUUCCGGAAUGGAACAGCGUGGUGGAAGACAUCAAGGUCAAGUUGUGCUAUGUCAGUUUAGAACCCCGCCAGGGGUCGGAGGGACUGACCAAAGAGUACAAGCUCCCUGAUGGGUGUCAGAUCACAAUUGGAGAUUCACUUUUCCUCGCCCCAGAGAUUCUUUUUACGCCAAGCAUCGUCGGCCGGAAUGGCUACGGACUUCACAAAAUGAUUACCAGGAGCAUUAAAAAAUGUGACCCAAGCAUCCACAAUGUCCUUUAUGGGACUGUGUUGCUUUCGGGCGGCUCCUCACUCUUUCCGGGAUUAGAUGAGAGAAUCUUUAAAUUGAUGGAAAUACAGGUCCCCCAAGGGGUCCCCAUCAAGGUCAUUUUGCCCCCAGACCGGUGGUUCUCAGCAUGGAUCGGCGGCUCCAUCAUAACAUCCCUGAGCACUUUCAAGCCAAUGUGGGUCACCGCCUCCGACUACCAAGAAUUUGGACCGAACAUUGUGCAACGGCGGUGCUUUUAAAGAGGGCUUAGGGACUUAUUAAUACGAUGAACAAGCAGCCACAGCUAUGGGUCGUUUCAAAACUUACUUCUUUUAAAGGUUUAAAUUUUUAAAAAAGAGCUUUUUACAAGUUCUAAAGAACCGCAUGGGGUUUGUCAUUCAUUUUCCUUGUCUGGCUGUUGAAACACUGGUUCUUCCUUUCCUGAUUCUGCUCGAGAAGGAGGGGGUGGGGAGAUAUUAUACAGCCUCAUCCCUUUGUUAGUGUGGUCUGGAUUUCUGCAAAAAGUCUCAUAUGCAUUUUAGCAAUGUGAAGAGUUAUUUGUGCAGCCAGAUGUGUAGGGACCAGU